AUGGCCAGGAUCACUCUUGUUUCUGUUCUCAUCCUCUGGGCUGCUGCACGACAGGGAAGGGGAGAUGAAAUUACAGAAAAAGGGCUCUCUUUGCUUGGGUACCAUCUGUGCAACUACACCCUGACCAAAAGUGUGUUUAAAAUGGUUACCUACCAGGAGUCCUAUGAGAAGAACACAUCCUGUGGAGGGUGGAUCCCGUGGAUGGUGUGUCCCCGGACACACUACAGAACACAGUUUCACAUGGUCCAAGUCCCUGAAACCAUCACUCUCACAGAUUGCUGUGAAGGAUAUGAAUAAGUUGGACUCUACUGCUCUCUAGCACUCAAUAGAUCCAGUGUAUUCUCCUCAAGACCUGGUAUUUGUCCAGUGAAGGAUAUGGAAACAUCUGAUUUUCCUUGCACGUUCGAUACUGAAUGUCCAGGGCUGAAAAAAUGCUGCAGUUCUUCCAAAGGAGCAGGCUGUGUGGAUCCCAUGCCAGAGGGGAGGACGUUCUGGUACAACGUGACAGUGCUUGUGAAAAUGGAUUUUAAUGAAUUAAUCCGGGUGGAUUCCCACCUUCUGAAUCAUUCCCGCCUUUUGCACUCCGUGAUUACUGGUGCACUGCAGCACCUGAACACCUCUGUGCACCACAUCCAGAGUAAUUGUGGGGAAACCUACGCUGGGACAGUGGCCUCCCAGGUUCUCCUUGGAAUGCACCAUCCAGCUCCUCUGGCAGAGGUUUCCUCCUCCCUGAAGGCCAUGGUGAAGCGCGUGUAUGAAGUGAUUGACGCUGAAGUGCAAGAUGUCAAUGAAUGCUCCUAUGCUGAAUUCAAUGCUUGCCCUGAGAAAAGCAGCUGUGUAAACCUGGAGGGUCAUUACAGCUGCCACCCUCAGCAUGAACAUGCCGGGGUCACCCCUCACCAGCUGAGCUCAAGAAAGGAAGCAGAUCCCUCUGCAGUUACAAACCAUCGAAUCCUCAGCGUUACCAGCAACAGCUUUGAAAUGUCCUGGCUUGUCAGUUCCACUCUGAACCACACUUUCCAAGUCCGGGUGCUCAAGGGCAAUGAGACUGUGCAAACCCUGAAGACAAAGGAAAUGCAAAUGCAUGUGUCUCACCUGGAAGCAGGUGUGAUGUAUUCAGUAGAGAUCAGUUAUGAAGCCUGUGGAAAAACCAUCAUCUCCCGUCAAAAUGUUAAAACAGAGGCCAAGAUAUUUGCUGUUACUAUGAGGAUUCUCAACUACAACUUCACUGAUGAUUUCCAUAAUUCCAGCAGCUCAGCAUAUGAGGACUUUUCAAGACUGUUGCUUACAGAGCUUGAAAAUUCAUUUCCACCCAAUAUUUCUGCCUUGUACAAAUCUGGGAAGCUGAAAAUGAAGAUUGAAUCCCUGGCAGCAGGAAGCAUCAUUGUGAGGCUCAGGAUCACCGUGCAGGAUCCUGAGUUUCCAGUGGAUGCCUCCACGUUUGCCCCAGUGCUUUCCUACCUGCACAAUGGCUCUGUGCUUGUGGUGGAUGAGCAAAACACUGCAGUAGAAGACUGGGAUGAAUGUGCUUCCCAAGCUGAGAAUGACUGCUCUGUGUUUGCAGAGUGUAUCAAUUUGAUGGGCUCCUACCUGUGCAGAUGCAAGACAACCAUGGAUACCAAUCCAUCCCAACCUGGAAGAAACUGUGAGGGUGAGAUUGUGGAUCCUCUCACUGAAACCAUGGCUCCUGAAAUAAGAAACAGCACAGACUUUACUCUUGAAGAAGGAAGCCCUGCAGGCCCUGCUCCCACUGCCACCACCGGGACAGUGGCUGCUGCAGACCCGGAGUCAAGCACCGUCACACUCCUCCCUGCUGUGCUGCCCCUGGGUGACAAACAAGCAUCCCACAGUCCCACCAGUGCCCCUCCAACCCCUUGGGAAAAAGGUCUGGCCCCACAGAUGGGUUUCAGCAGGGACAGCAGCCCCACGGCCACGGGAGUCACACCCAGCGGGGCACUGGCCAUGGGCACAGAAGCCACAAGUCCAUCACAGCAAAGCUCCGUGGCCAAGGCUGCUCUCCCAAAUGUGCCCAUGGGCACGGCCAGGCAAGAGCAACUCAGUUCAGUUUGGCUGUCUCCAAAUCAAACAGCCUCUGCUGCCACCAGGACUCACACGGGAGGUGGCCCUGACACAGCUCUGCCGGGCACAGGGAACAUUCCCACCCUCAACGCCACUCUCAGAGCAGAUGGAGAGGUGGGGAGAGAGAAGAGCUCUUGGUCUGAGGAGCACACUGGAGCCCUGGGGUCACCUGCUUUGCCUGGCACCUCUGCAGCCCCCAGCCCGGACCACACCUUCCAGAAGCUUAGUGGCACAGUUUGGAUAACAAACAUGGAAUACUUUCCAGGCUUUAGCAAUACAAGCAGUGAGGAAUAUCAGACCUUUGCACAGCUCUUUGUUGAUGAAGUGCAUAAAUCUCUGCCCCUUGAGGUGCUUCAGCAGAUGGAUGCUGGUCUGAUUAAAGUGCUGGUAACGGGUGUUACUAAUGGGACAACAGUGGUAAGCUUCAAUCUGCUGGUUGCAGAAGAUGUGGAUGUCCACCAUGUCAUCACCACUUUUCGUGAGGCCUUGGAACACAGCUCCUAUUUCACCAUCGACAGGAGCAGCCUCUCCAUGCACACAUUUCCCGUCAGCCAGAAGGCAACAGUGACGGAUGAGAAACCUGUGAGCAGCACAGUUCUGCCUGUGACAUCUUUGCAAACCUCAACUCGUGUUUCCUCCCCUGCUUCACUGGACUUCUCUCCUGCUGAGCAUGAAGCUCUGGAGGACACCAUGUUCUCCAGCACAGUGCUGCCUCCUCUCACCAUGGAUCCCAUGGCAACUCUUGAUGUUUCUCCUCGAGCAUCUCCAGUCCCCCUUGUCAAACCCGCCCAGGAGGUUUCCAUUAAAGAGGCAGUGAGUGUGUUUUGUGAAAUUGAGAGGAUCGUCCUCACCAUCCAGAAGAGAUUCUUGCAGCAGGAGUCUAUCCCAGAGAGUUCCCUGUUCCUGGGGGAGCCUGGCUGCAAUGUGAGCACCAGCAAUGGCACCCACAUUGUGCUGCAGGCAGGCUGGAGCGACUGUGGCACCCAAGUUGAGACCAACAUGACUACUACAGUAGUGAAAACCACCCUUCGGAAUGAGGUUUCUGCUCAGGGAAUAACCCACCACUUGAACAUUGCCAGUCCCAUUCACUGUGUGUUCCAGAAUGAUGUCUUGACUUCCUCUGGGUACACUGCAGAAGGACUUUACACCAUCUUUGAGGAUUUGCACGGAUCAGGACACUUCAGAACAGAAAUGCAGUUGUUUAUUGGAAACUCCCCAAUCCCCCAAAAUUUCAGCGUCUCUGCCAGUGAGGACGUGCUGAUCGAAGUGGGGAUGCAGAGGGCAGACAGCAAGCUCAAGGUGGUUCUCACUGACUGCUGGGCCACUCCAACCAAUAAUUCAGUGGAUCCCCUGUCAUUUGUUUUUAUCAGCAACAGCUGUCCCAUCCCCAAUACUUAUACCACACUGCUGGAAAAUGGGAAUUCGAGCAAAGCACAAUUUAAGAUGAAAAUCUUUUCCUUUGUCAACAAUUCUGUGGUUUACUUACACUGCAGGAUUCGUAUUUGUAUGGAGACACCAGGAAGCGCCUGCAGGACUAGAUGCCAUGCAAGGGCUCGACUCCUGAAGGCUGGAGAAACCAUCGCCCUGCACAGAACAUCCUGGGGACCCCUGUGUAAAUCAGCUGCAUCUGGUAUGAAGAGAGAGAAGAAGGCUGGAAUGGGAAUUUGGUACAUUGUCCUCAUAGCCCUUGCUGUGUUUGGUUUUGUGCUGGGAGUUGUGACCCUUCUCAUUUUCCAGUACCAGCGAAAGAUGGGAAGAUACAACUUCAGGAUCAAGUCUGACAACUUCAGCUACCAAGUGUUCUAUGAUUAGUGAUUCACAGAUUACCACAUUGGGGAUCAUGUCUCAUCACAUGGAGAACUGCAAGUUUGUCUUCACUCAACAUUUGGCUCUCCUUGCUCUACACAACACUGACUUUUCCAAAUUAAUGUCAUAUAUAAAAGGUUCCUAUACCCCCUUUCCCCCCCUCCACUUCUUUUUUCUUAGCAAUCUGGUUCUUCCCUGGUGUCCUAAGAACUCUUUGUGACAACAGCUCCAGGUUGAAGUGAAUUUUGGUAGUUUGUCCAUGGAUAAAAUAGAAGGGAAGAAAACAAAGACCUCUGGUUCUCUCUUCAAGUUCCAAGAUCUGUCUUCUCACUGUGACACAUCACUAUGUGCCCAUGUUAGCAUCACUUGUGCCAUUAAUAUUGACAAGCUGCAUGUUUCCAUAGAUAUUAGAGAAAGUAAAUCAGCAAACCCCUAUAAAGAUCUCUUUUUCAGUUUGUAACUCACUAUUUACUUAGGGUGAGGUUGAAACUUUGAGCUGCAACAGCGUUGAAGACCUAAUUGUGCAACGCCUUAAGUAUACAGAAGAUGGGAAACAAGCAUUGGAUUUGCCACCAAGUAAGGAAAAGCCACUGUGGAUCUGGGGCUUAACCUACUCAGGGUGUCCUUCAGCAUGAGUUUUUAAAUUUUAUUCAUUCUGUAAUUGACAAGGACUCAGUGGAAGAGAAAGAAAAGAAAAAAGAAACUAUUUUUGUUGCUGGCAGCUCAUGUUUUUCCAGAUAAAUCAAUUGGUACCUGUGUAUUCUGCUUAAUUAGACCCUAAUGAUUGUGCAGUCAGGCCACACAGUGCUGCCCACCUAAGAGAGAGCUCUCCAAUUGCAAACAUAGAGUUAUAAAUUUGACCUGGGUUUUUCCUGGCUGCAAGACCACCAGUGCAGCAGCACAGGCUCAGUUUACAUGGUCCAUUGGGUACAACCACAGUCUGUUCAGCUGGAUAAACUGGAGCAAAAAUCUCUUCCAUGCAGUCAGCAUCUCCUGCAGGGCUCUUUCCUGGGCUGCUCUUCCCUGCUGCCCCAAAUCUCCACCUCAGCGAGUGUGUUGGAAGAUGGGGGGUGAAGAGGAGUCAGUAACCUGUCCCAGCACCCCUUGGUUCUGUUUGCUGCACUCACUCCUCCUACACAGUGAUAAUCUGCUGUGCCUGGGUCACAUCUAACUCAGUAAUUUAUAGACAAACUAAUUCCUCCUUAAGCUCAGUGGACACCAUUAUAACUAACUCUUAGUGGGAAUUGGUCCUUAGCUUGAAGCCAUGAAUGUUUCUAGUGGGCAUAGCAUUAAGUGCUGAUUUUUUGGUACAGAAUAGCACAAGAAAGUGGCUUUUCUAUCUUCCUAGUCCAAUUUCUAUUAGGUAGUAAGAUUACUGGGUAAAAGACUUUCACAUUUUGCAAAAGGUUGUAGUGAUUGAUUUUAGAGCUUUUAUAUAUACCUUUUAAAUACAUCAAUAAAUUUCAGAGUAAUCAUUUGCAUUCUGCUUUAGACUCAAGGGACUCUGUAAGGAGUAAGACACUGACUUGCCUUUUCCUUGUGGAAAUAAGAGUUACCAGAUCCCGAUCUAAAAAACCAAAAAUCCAUUUAGUUGUAAGUGGUGAAACUGUAAAUUAUCUUCUCAGUCUUAGUCUGAUGAACGUGGAAUCAUAGAAUGGUUUGGGUUGGAAGGGGCCUUAAAGACCAUCCCAUGGGACACCUUCCACUAUCCCAGGUUGCUCAGAGCCUCAUCCAGCCUGGCCUUGGACUCUUCCAGGGGUGGGGAGUCCACAACUUCUUUGGGCAACAACAAAACCAUUAGUUCUUGUUAUGUGGGAGUCUCUUAACUCUUGCUCAGCUUGCUGUCAAAUGUGACCUGUGUUUGCCUUCUGCACUCAGUGACAGGAUCAGCUAUUUUACUAUAAAUAUUUUUCUAGUUUUUAGUACUUACAAUCCUGAACUUCUUGGAGGUGACAGGAUGAGAGAUCUGCCUGUUUAUUUUGGUGGAGCUGUGCCAUUUACAAAAGCUGAGCACUACUCCUCAGGAUUAAAUGUGAACCAGUUGCUUGUAUUUGAUACCUUGCAUGCUCAGUAGAAACUGCUAUUUGCAUCUGAGUCUAUUUAUAGGAAUUUUGGUAUCUUAAUAAAAGCAGUCUUGUAACUUA